GAUCUGCUUCUGGAAAGCAAACCUGCAAGCCUCUGUCUGGGCAGGCACAGCUCUGGGAGGUUUGCACUGGAGCUGUGUCUGUAGGAAUGAUUUUUCUCGCUGACACAGAGGGGUCAUAUAUUUAAGAGAGAAUAAACGAAGAGAAGGCUUUAAUCCAGCCUGGCUCAUUUCUGGCAUUCAGCCUCCCCGAAAGGAGCUGACUCAUGCUAGCCCAGCAGCCAGCUGGGUGGGGGCAGGUUGCAGAUAAACAUUUUGCUAUCAAGACUUGCACAGACCUUGUUUAUGCACUUCUUCACCCUACGCUGCCCAUUCUGCAGUUCUGGGUGGGGAAAGAGAGAGGGUUAAUCCUGUCAAUAGUAGUAACUAUUAAUAAUGUUCUGGAACUAAAAAUCUAUUGGUGUCAUUUGUAUGCAAAGCUAUUGAGGUGUUUAAACGUGCACAGCACAGGGCUCCAUAGGGCAGGGCUGUUCUUGGCAUGGGAGCACUGCUCAUCCCGUUGAGAUGAGCAUGGGGCAGUAAAAGCAGCUGCUGCUGGUAGGACCUGCUGCUUUUUAAGGGGAAACAGAGGGGACGAACCAAGAACCUCCAGCACCAGAAGACGAAGCAGGAGAGCCCCCUUGUUGUCUGAAGAGCGGAUUCAUCACCCAGUGCGCACACAGACCCCCACCCGUCCCAGCCAAUGACCCCACAGCGCGGGGUGGGGAGGAGCUGCUGGCAGCGGAUAAAAGCCCCCGGGGUCUGCAGCUCAGCUCCAAGCUCCGUGUGCUCCCACAGCCGCACGCCAACCCCACCGCCACCAUGGUGCACUGGUCCGCCGAGGAGAAGCAGCUCAUCACCAGCGUCUGGGGCAAAGUCAACGUGGAGGAAUGCGGCGCCGAAGCCCUGGCCAGGCUGCUGAUCGUCUACCCCUGGACCCAGAGAUUCUUUGCAUCCUUUGGGAACCUCUCCAGCCCCACCGCCAUCAUGGGCAACCCCAGGGUCCGCGCUCAUGGUAAGAAAGUGCUGAGCUCCUUUGGGGAAGCCGUGAAGAACCUGGACAACAUCAAGAACACCUACGCCAAGCUGUCGGAGCUGCACUGUGACAAGCUGCACGUGGACCCCGAGAACUUCAGGCUCCUGGGGGACAUCCUGAUCAUCGUCCUGGCCUCCCACUUUGCGAGGGAUUUCACCCCCGCCUGCCAGUUUGCCUGGCAGAAGCUGGUCAACGUCGUGGCUCACGCUCUGGCCCGCAAGUACCACUGAGCUGCAGCACGGCUGUGGCCAUAGCCCCCAAUAAAUGCCUGGAACGCA